AUGGAGGAAACCGUCUUGCGCCCCCUGCUACAGGAGAUCGUCCCCGACACGGACUGGACGUACACCAAGAAGCGGGACGCCCAGGAGAUCGUGCCAGGCCUCUGGCUCGGGCCGUUCGGCGCUGCGCGAGACAAGGAAUUCCUCCAGCGCGCCAGCAUCACGGACGCGCUGGUCGUGCGGGCGCCGGAGGAGGCCAGGAUCAUCUUGGGGGCGUAUCCCGAGGUCAUUCGCUACGAGGUCCUCGAGUGCUGCGACAGCCCCUUCGAGAAUAUCAUCCGCUUCUUCCCGAACGUGAAGCAGCUGAUCGACGUGGUCCUCGGGAGGGGCGGGCGCAUCUUGGUGCACGGCAACGCUGGCAUGUCGCGGUCGGCGGCCCUCGUUGUCGCCUACGUCAUGCAGCGCUUCGAGCUCACCUCCGACUUGGCGCACCACUACGUGCUGACAAGGCGGCACUGCAUAUCCAUCAACGAGGGCUUCCGGAACCAGAUCCGCGAGUACGAGAUGCUGCACAAGGUGCAGCUGCAAUUUGGCCAGGGCGCCCCUGGCGCGGGCGGCCAGGACCCCCAGGGCCUCCCUCACGGGCAGAAGCGGUCCCUCGAGGCCGCGCCGAUGGAGACCUGA